GCCCUUAGAGUUCAUUGGUAAGUGGUCAGUCUCGUCGCUGUUUGCGCGUCGGUAGUGUCUUAGUGGUGUUAUAGUCGACUGUGAAAUGCACAACGAUCUUUGAUAUCUUCCUUCUACUUUCUCUCUCGUCUUCGCGUCGCGUCGCGCAUGGAGUACACGUAUAUGCGAGCGUCACAUGAAUCGUUGGCGGUUCUCACUCGCCGUGGCACAGGCAGUGUUUCGUGACGCUCGUGAGGGAAUCAUUGCGUGGCUCGUCGCCUGUUAGUUGAACGAUAACCUAAACCCUUCAUAGGGUUACCUGGACAACUAGUGACUCGCGUUUGGACGCUCGCACGACACACGCACACGGAAAAAUGGAGAAAGGCUUCGUACAACCCUCUGCUCCUCUACCCACGGCUCCGCCGUCUUACGAAGAAGCUAUAGCUAAUACAGGAGCAGUGCCUAUGCAACCAUCGGUCGCUAACCCGCCGUAUCCUAUAGGAGGUGCGGCAAUGCCGAUGCCAAUGCCAUAUAAUCAGCCACCGAAUCAAACAACAAUGCCUACCACGUCAGUGUACCCGGGUACGAGUCAAUCAAUGCCACAGCCGCGUUUCAAUCCCGAACCGAGCUCGGGACGACAGCCGGAAGUCCGAGUCAUUCAUCAACACGUAGCGUUGGCCCUAGGCCCAAACUCCGUGAAAAUGACUUGUCCAUCGUGUCUCGCUGAUAUCAAAUCCACCACAAUAUCGGAUCACCAGCGGAGCGCUCAUAUAUGUUGCAUUGUGCUCUGUUUACUCGGAUGUUGCCUCUGUUCUUGUCUGCCAUAUUGCAUGAGCUCCUUUAUGAGCGUUCAUCACUUUUGUCCGAACUGCAAGAGUUAUAUCGGCACGUGGAAAGGUUGAUUUCAAGACUACAUGUGUAUACACAUAAAUUUUCGCCUUGCACAUAGUACGAUGCUAUGUAUUAUUUCGUAAAUCAAUAUUCGAUAUCCUUCGGUUAUCGCACAUUAAAGGCAGCAAAAAGAUAGGGUCAGUGAAGACGUAAAUUUAUAUUAUAUUAUGUCCGACUCUUCAGUCUCUUGAAAAAGUUAUCUUGCGAUACAUAAAAAGUGACAAGAUUAUCGAAGGUUCUAAUUGAUUUAGCGCAUUGAACGAAAUAGUAUGUAAGCUACAUGUCAUAUGAAAGACAAUGGUUCCAAACACUAAUCACAAACUUUCAUAUCAUAUAUUAGACUAUUCAUUUACAUGAAAAUUGUAAAGUAAGGAGUGGUAGAGAUUGUAAAUAUCGCCGCUAUAUUUUGCCAAGGAAAUUUAUAUUUUCGUAUAUUUUCAAAAAAGUUUAUCCCGUUCGUUUUCAUCAAAUAAUUUGAGUAGAUGAUUGAAAUUUGUAUAGCGUUUUUAUAAGAAAAUUUUAUUGGCUGUCACACUGUUUUCUAUACGAUAGUGAACACUCUUCGCUUUUCUGAAAUAUGACCGGAUACCAUCUUACUUGGGCUUCGUGAGCAUUAGUAUUAGUCUAGUAUAUCAUAUAAGAGUUCUAUUCUUAGCAUUCCUUAGGAAAAUCUUCAAAGUAUGGUAAAUAAGAGUCGUACGUGUGUAUAAUUUUACCAUAAAAAUCUAGACGUGUGAGAUGUCCGGCACUUUUGUUGCUCUAUGCUAAAAUAGCGAUUUUAAAAAAAAUUUAAUUUGAAUUGAUAUUUUUGUGUCUCGAGAUGAGACAUUCUUGUAAACACUUUUGUAAACUAUCUUGUGACAUUUUUGUAAACUGUCGAUCCUCUGCACGUGUAUAAUUUGAUGUGCACUUUAAAUGAGUAUAGUUUAUUACAUUGUUUUGAUGAUUUCUUUUCGAAAAAUCCAUUAUUUAUGAUUAUGGAUAAAGUAGCAGGUAAUAUAAGAAGUGAUACAUGAGCAACGAAAAGUGUCAAAUCCGUGUCGAAAAAUAUUACUCUCGUGUAUUUUUAUUUUUGUACUAUAAAAUACAGAAUUCGCGGAGAAUACGUGAUAGGCUUUACGCGGAAAAUAUAAGAAUCUUGAUGAAAUAGAGUUUGGUAUUUGGGAGCGCGUGUAUAUCUGUGCCUCUCCGCGAGCUAAGUACAUAGCGUAUGCGUAGGCGUAUUAUCGCAAACGAAAUAUAUUUUUGCGUACGAUGCAGGGAUUUGCAAACUUUAUCUAGAAUAUUGAAAGCGCGUAAGUUAUUCUUGGUUUAUCUAUAAUGUCACUGUUCAUAGAAUGGUGCAUAUGAUACUAUCAAAACGACUAUUGAUAAGCACUGAAAGCAGCAGAAAAGAGAUCUUUGAGGAAGAUCCGUUUUGCAGCGUUGUUUUGUUAACGGCGCGACUGCAAUUCGAUCUGAUUUGCGUUUAAACCCCAAAUCCGAUAUCGUGAAGGUAGUUUUGAAUAAUGUAAUGUUGACACAUAGUGAAUCGGGACAUAUGAAAGUGAAGCGGACAUGAUGAAAUAUCUUGAAAAAUAUUCAUUUUUCGAUGAUCAUAGCCCAAUACUUUUUUUUAUGUAGAAUAACCAAAGGAAUUGAUUUAUAUUAAAACAAAAUAUAUAUAUAAUUCAAUUAAAGAAAUCAAAAUUGAUUUUGAAAUAAUCUUGAAAGGACAAUUUUAAUGCCAUAAUAAUAUCAUCUUAUAUCUCUGUCGGAAUAUUACAGCUUUUAUUUUAACAAUUUUUUCUUAACACUUACUAUUUAUGAGUUAGUGAGCUCUUAAUUCUCCCGUAGCUCAUACUAUGUAUAUUCUUAUACACGCAUGUACUUGCAUACUACAAUUUUUGAAUGAGGAAAAAUGCUUAUCUCGACCAUGUAACAAUGCAACAAACAAAUUUAAAAUAUGGCUGUCAUUUUUUCGAAUAUAGAAAUUAGCCUCGUAUACGUACUUUGUAUUGUCAUUAAAACAAUGGCUGGGAAAUGCAAAGUUUCUAUUGAUUUUACAUCGUUAAAUAGACUUUUUAUUACACAGAUUCACAACUUUCAGUUUUCUUCAGCUACUUUUUCAUGAAAUAAAGGAGUUUUGUAAGGAAGGUAAAAAAAUGUGCGUUUAUAGUUCAGUAAUUUUUAAAUAGCAGGUGUUACAGAAAAACAAUUGAAGUGAAAGUUGUAAAAUCGCAAGAAGAACACAAGUUAUAAUAAUAUUAUGACAUUAAAAUGUUUUCUUCAAAAUUAUUUCAAGUUCAGUUUUUUAAAUGGAAUUGUUUAGUGUUUUAAUAGAAAUUGAUUCUUCUCAGAGCGUUUUGUAUAUAAAAGUAUUAAAAUGAAAUCAAAAUUUUCAUAUUAAUUUUCUAUAUUCGAAAAAAUAACCACCAUAUUUCAAAUGACAUUAUUACAUAAUCGAAAUAAGCAUUUAUCCUCAUUUAAUAUAGACUACACAAUUAAUAUGUAAUACACAAUAUAGGCAAUGGAAAGAUUAAGAGUUCAAUAACUCAUAAAUAAUAAGUGUUAAGUAAAAAUUGUUGAAAUGAAACCUAUAACAUUCUGAGAAAGACAUAAGAUGAUAAUAUUAUGACAUCAAAAUUGACCUUUCAAGAUUAUUUUAAGAUCAACUUCGAUUUAUUUAAUUGAAUUGUAUAUUUUUUAACCUAAAUCAAGUCCUUAGGUUAUUUCGCGUAAAAAAAUAUUGAGCUAUGAUAAUUAAAAAAUGAAUAUUUUUCAAGAUAUUUUACCAUGUCCACUUUCAUGUGUUUAGAUCCACUGUGCACUGAGUCGAAACUAGUUUACGCUAUUUAAAUUUUAAUAUCUAUAGGUAAUAUCGUCUCGUCGCGUUAUAUUGGCGAAUUUUCUUGUAUGCAGGUUCUGCAUUUUUUCAUCUUAUCCCGUCCUCGUACUCUUAGGAAAUUCUGGCGACCUUCCUUCCUUCCAUCGCCUAUAACAAAUAUUUAAGAUAUGACUGACAUCCUACAUUCCUAUAUAAAGUUGAAAAAUUUCACGUCGAUUACUGCAACAAGUAUGCAUUUCCACGUUAAUUUUUAAGUUUCUCAUGUUUUCCCCUCUCAGUUCUCACAUAUCUUUUUUCCAAAUAAGGUGCUAUUCUUGUUUGUUAGAGCAAUGCUUUUAAGUAAAUUUCUACAAUAUCCUAUGUUUCUGUUUUAUCCACAGAUUGUUCUUAUACUCGGGAAUAAUUGUUAAUACCUUCCAUAUACAAACACAUACAAAACUAAAUUUUAAUAAUUGUUUUUAUAAUUUAAUUCUUUUUUCCAAUUGCAAGAAAAAAGAUUAUAUGUGUGUGUGUGUGUGUGUGUGUGUGUGUGUGUGUGUGUGUGUGUGUGUGUACACACAUACAUACAUACAUACAUGUGUGUGUGUGUGCGCGCGCGCGUGGUGCGUGCGUGUGUGUGUGGGUGCAUAUAUAGUGUCCUAUUAUAGUCAAUGCAGCCUGAAUAUAUUUUAGGAAUUAAUCCUUUAAGUAUUACUGGUACCAAUAGGGACUUAGGAUCGGGCAGUUGAAACCUUAUAAAUGUAUUAUUUAGAGUGUUUUUGACAAUAUUUCAUUAAAAAAAGUUACUAGAA